AUGCAGAUUCAACUGAAGUUCCUCAGCUCAAUUCAGGUCUUGUCAUCCAUUUUUAUCGGUCAUAUUGCACUGGAGUCUUGCGGCAUUUUUAUCAGAGCUGUAAAAUCGCAAGAUGCCUCUCGAUGCCGCCGUUUGGAUUUUACGUCUCAUAAAGCAUUUGAUGGUGAACGCCUCAUAAACCACGUGAUUCACGUUCAUGACGUUUCAAAUGCAAAGGCUUGUUGGGUGCUGUGCUAUCUGGAAGCUGAUUGUGUCAGUUACAAUUUUGAAAAACAACCAGACGGGGAGAGUGGAAUGCACAGUUGUGAACUGAAUAAUUCCACUCAUGAAGGACAUGACGAAGACCUUGUAGGAAACAUAAGUUAUUUUUAUCGUGGAGCUGAAAGCGCUUGUAUCGAAAACCCUUGCAAGAACGACUCCACUUGUCAAAGCGGUUUUACCAACAAAGGUUUUAGAUGUUUGUGUCAUGCUGGAUUCAAGGGUCAAUUCUGCGAUGAAGAAAUUGAUGAAUGUCGCGAAGGAACACACAACUGUAGCCUGCUCGCAGUGUGCAGAAAUACCAAGGGGUCGUAUAACUGUACAUGUAAACCAGGGUACCAUGGCAAUGGAAGGAGUUGCAGUAGGAUUGCUGUGACGUGUCAAGAAGUUUAUGAAUCGAAUCGCUUAAACAAAAGUGGGGUAGUUACUCUCUACAUUGACUCAAAGAAAAUGUCCAUUUUCUGUCACGUUGGUGAAUUUGGAUGUGGUGAUGGAGGAUGGACUCCCGUUCUGAAAAUGAACGGCAGCAAGGAGACAUUUCAUUACAAAUCCCCACUGUGGACAUCCAAAUAUGGCUACAAUUUUCCAGGAGGAGAGACCGGGUUUGACUCACUAGAGACCAAAUUACCAACAUACUGGAACACAUCCUUCAAAAAGAUCUGUCUCGGCAUGAAGAUAGGAAAAAAUGCGAACUUCAUUGUGAUCGAAAAGCCAGCCGAAUCUCUAUACUCACUGAUCGCUGACGGACAACAUCGGAAAACAUCACUUGGUCGUGACGAGUGGAAGAAGCUUAUUGGCUCGGAGGACUCUUUACAACCCAACUGUAACAGGGAGGGCUUUAACCCAGAGUGCCGGUUUAACAAAGUAAGAAUUGGAAUUCUUGGUAACAAUGAAGACGAUUGCAACACUUGUGAUUCCAGAAUUGGGUUUGGUACAGGUGGAAAUCCAGAUGACAAAAACACGUGUGGAAACGUGAAUCGAUCUAAGAAAGGGCGUAGAAUCAAAGCCAUAGGAUACAUACUGAUUAAGUGAAGGAAAACCUGAGUUUUAACUUUAGUCGAAGUAUGAAUUACUAAGAUGAUAAAUAUCGACACUUUUAAUAAAUUAUUAUUAUCUUUUGCUUGGAUGAAAGUGGUCGAAACGGUGUCACGCGACCGAAUAUGUUCCUGCGAAAACUGAGAAAAAUUCAGUUAUAAUUCAUCAAAUAUGUUUGCACGGGCGCGAUUGAUCUAAGCGCAUCACGUGAUCGAAUAUGUCUAAGCUCAAACUGGAGAUUAUGUGAGGUUAUAGCCCAAGUAAUAUUCCCCCAUUAAUUUUUAAACCAACGACGAAAGUGUUCGUUUACAACUUGAUUCGAACCUCCAUUUAGCGCGAAAAUUAUCCUACUCCACAUUUGUCUUUGGACAUUAUCUGCUCCUCGGAGCUUACAGUUUUUCUUGCGUUUCGCUCUCGGAAGGCUGUUCGCAUUUUGGAACAGAUAACAGCAAUUAUUAAAAGCUGGA